AAAACACUCUUCUUUACUUCUUCUUCUUCAUCUUCUCUUCUUUGAUUCGCGGUGAGGAUCGGAGAUGGCGAGUGAGCCGGAGCCGGCGAAGCUGCUGCUUCCCUACCUGCAAAGAGCCGAUGAACUCCAGAAGCAUGAGCCCCUUGUCGCUUACUAUUGUCGGUUAUACGCCAUGGAGAAGGGGCUGAAGAUCCCGCAGAAGGAGCGGACCAAGACCACCAACGCGCUCCUCAUCUCCCUCAUGAGCCAACUUGAAAAGGAUAAGAAAUCACUAACAUUAGGGCCUGAUGACAAUCUUUAUGUGGAGGGAUUUGCUGCAAAUGUGUUUGCUAAGGCAGAUAAACAGGAUCGUGCAGGACGUGCUGACUUGAAUACUGCAAAAACCUUCUAUGCUGCAAGUAUUUUUUAUGAGAUUCUGUCUCAGUUUGGUGAAUUGCAGCCUGAUAUUGAGCAGAAGCAGAAGUAUGCUAUUUGGAAGGCUGCAGACAUAAGGAAAGCUUUGAAAGAAGGACGGAAACCUGAACCUGGCCCUCCUGGAGGUGAUAAAGAUCUUUCAGUUGAUCCGAGUUCCCCAAGCAACACAUAUAAUGUCAACCAAAGUGAGAGCUUUUCUGCGGGCCAACCAGCCACUCAAGCCUCAUCUCAUUAUGACAUGGGUCGAAGUGAAAGCUUUCAACCUAGCUUUUCAGGUGCUGAUACAUCAUCCCAACAUUCCCACGAUCUUGGUCGGACUAAAAGCUUUCAAGACGGCUACCCAGGCGCUGACAUAUCAUCCCAACAUUCCCACGAUCUUGGUCGGACUAAAAGCUUUCAAGACGGCUACCCAGGUGCUGACAUAUCAUCCCAACCUUCCGAAAAUAUAAACCCGUAUGCCCCUCCAAUGACACCUAGCCCACAUUCCUCCUACCCCAGCCAUGACUAUCCUCCUACUGAGUACAACCAGUUUCCACCAGACAACCGACAUGAAAUUUCAGGUUACCCUCAGAACUAUCAUCACCAGCAGUCAUAUUCCAAUGAACAAUCACAAAUGCCCCAAAACUAUCACGCCCAUGAUAACACUGGUCAAUCGUACUCGUACCCUAAUUUCCAGUCCUACCCCGGCUUUAACGAAACUUCCUUCCCGACGGUUCCAACACACCAGCCUUAUUAUCAAAGCCCUGAUCCGGCCUCAUCACAACAAUCAUCUCCCGCCGCUCCAAGCUACCCGUCAACUGUCCAGUAUGAUUCAGGAAGUGGUAGCAAGAAGCAUGCUGGUACCGGCUCAUCGGGCCCGCCUGCAUCUAGCUACACUUACGACAGUAAUUAUCAUCCGCCGAUUGAAAAAGUGUCGGAGGCUCACAAAGCCGCAAGGUUUGCUGUUGGCGCACUUGCAUUUGAUGAUGUGUCUGUUGCUGUGGAUUAUCUACGCCGAUCUCUUGAGCUUCUUACCAAUCCUUCAGCCGAAACCCAUCAAUAAUGCGGCGACGAUGAUUUCACACCGUUUCUGUUUUACUCGUCACUGUACAGGAGCUUGUUUUCUUUGCCCAUACUUGUUUACAUGCAUGAUUAAGUUUGCUUAGAUAACACAAAGAAGAACAAUUACUGGAGAUGUUGGGCCACAUUACUUGCUUGCAAGAUUGCAACUUUUUCUUAUUAGUUUUCCAGACAGGUUGAUGUUUAUUCA